CUCCCACCAAACCCCCACGUCUGUCUCUCCCUCCCUCCCUCCCUCCCACCUCUUUCCUUACCGCCUUCAGUUUUCACCGUUGGCGUCGCCGGAGUUACGGAAGGAAAAAAAAAAAAGAAAAGAAAAAAAAGAGGAAACGGAUAGGAGAGGGAGAGAGAGCAUCGUGCUCUAUAUGUAAAAUAUACAAUACCCGACGCCCGGUUACUACGGUGAUCGCCCGCGCGUAUCGUCCCUCCAUCCCCUAUCGCUUCGCAUUACCAGGUGGGUCUUAGAUUUUCACUCAGCUUCCAUGGCCGACGAUAAAUUGGACGCCCUGGUGUACCUUCACGGCGAUCUCGAUCUGAAAAUCAUAGAGGCCCGAUGCUUGCCAAACAUGGAUUUGGUCUCGGAGCACUUCCGCCGAUGCUUCGUGGCAUUCAGCACGUGCCGAUCACCUUUCUUUAAUAAGAAGAAGCACCAGCACAAAAAACACGGGAAAAUCAUCACCAGCGAUCCUUACGUCACGGUCUGCCUCGCCGGAGCUACCGUGGCUCGCACUCGGGUCAUUUCCAACUGUCAGAAUCCCGAAUGGAACGAGCACUUCAAGAUCCCCCUUGCCCACCCGGCCUCUCACGUGGAGUUCUACGUGAAGGACAACGACGUGUUUGGCGCCGAUCUGAUCGGAGUUGCCUCCGUAUCGGCUCAGCGAAUCCUAGCGGGCGAGGCUAUCAACGACUGGUUCCCGAUAAUCGGCUCGUUCGGGAAGCCACCGAAGCCCGACGCCGCCGUCCGUAUCGAGAUGAGGUUCACGAAAUGCGAGGACAAUCCAUUGUACCGGUACGGAAUCGCGGCCGAUCCGGAUAAUUUCGGUGUCCGAAAUUGUUACUUUCCGGUUCGGCAAGGAGGUUCGGUGACGCUGUAUCAGGACGCGCACGUGCCGGAGUCAAUGGUGCCAGAGAUAGAACUGGAUGAUGGAAAAAAGUUUGAGCACGCCACUUGUUGGGAGGACAUAUGCCACGCAAUACUGGAGGCACACCACUUGGUGUACAUUGUGGGGUGGUCCAUAUAUCAUAAGGUGAAGCUGGUUAGAGAGCCCUCGAGGCCGUUGCCUACUGGUGGGAAUUUGAAUUUGGGGGAUUUGCUCAAGUACAAGUCCCAGGAAGGUGUGCGAGUUCUGCUCUUGGUUUGGGAUGAUAAGACUUCCCACAGCAAAUUCUUUAUUAAUACUACUGGAGUGAUGCAAACUCAUGAUGAAGAAACGCGGAAGUUUUUCAAGCACUCUUCCGUUACGUGUGUGCUUUCACCCCGAUAUGCCAGCAGUAAGCUUAGCAUUUUCAAACAACAGGUUGUUGGAACCCUGUUUACACAUCAUCAAAAAUGUGUGAUUGUGGAUACGCAGGCGUCUGGAAAUAACAGGAAGAUUACUUCUUUUAUUGGAGGUCUGGACCUUUGUGAUGGCCGGUAUGAUACUCCUGAGCAUCGACUAUUCCGUGAUCUUGACACUAUUUAUCAGGAUGAUUAUCAUAAUCCAACAAUUUCGGCGGGAAGUAAAGGUCCAAGGCAACCAUGGCACGAUUUACAUUGCAAAAUAGAAGGGCCAGCUGCGUAUGAUGUGCUCACUAAUUUUGAGCAGCGUUGGAGAAAAGCCACAAAAUGGUCAGAGUUAGGCCUGCGUCUCAAAAGGGUAUCUCAUUGGCACGAUGAUGCUUUGAUAAAGUUGGAACGCAUCUCAUGGAUACUUAGUCCUUCCCCAUCAAUGCCAAAUGACGACCCUGCAUUAUGGGUUUCCACGGAAGAUAAUCCCGAGAACUGGCAUGUUCAGGUUUUCCGCUCAAUUGAUUCAGGGUCUUUGAAAGGAUUUCCUAAAAAUGUUUAUGAUGCUGAGGCGCAGAAUCUUGUUUGUGCAAAAAACUUGGUUAUAGACAAGAGCAUUCAAACGGCAUACAUCCAGGCAAUCAGAACUGCCCAACAUUUUAUAUAUAUUGAGAAUCAAUACUUUCUUGGCUCAUCCUACGCAUGGCCAUCUUACAAAGAUGCAGGUGCCGACAACUUAAUUCCAAUGGAAUUGGCAUUAAAGAUUGCUAGUAAGAUAAGAGCCAGGGAGAGAUUUGCAGUGUAUGUUGUCAUGCCAAUGUGGCCUGAAGGCCUCCCUUCAUCUGCCUCUGUGCAAGAAAUUCUCUUUUGGCAGACGCAAACUAUGCAAAUGAUGUAUGAAGUCAUAACACGAGAGUUGAAAUUGAUGCAUCUUGAGAGUGCACAUCCCCAGAGCUACCUAAAUUUCUAUUGUCUUGGUAAUCGAGAAGAACUGCCCAAAGAAGUGUCAGUUCCACCUAAUCUAUCUUCUAAGAAUGGGGAUAUGGUUUCCACUUCACAAAAGUUUCAAAGGUUUAUGGUCUAUGUACAUGCCAAAGGUAUGAUUGUAGAUGAUGAGUACGUGAUAAUAGGGUCUGCCAAUAUCAAUCAAAGAUCGUUGGCUGGUUCUAGAGACACUGAGAUAGCCAUGGGUGCAUAUCAGCCCUAUCACACCUGGGGUAAGAAGAAGGGUCAUCCACAUGGCCAGGUAUAUGGAUAUAGAAUGUCUCUGUGGGCAGAACAUUUGGGGAAGUUGGACGAUUGCUUCAAGGAGCCUCAAGAUUUAGCUUGCGUGAAUAGUGUGAAUAAGAUUGCUGAAGAUAACUGGAAGAAGUACACGGCAGAGAGUUUUACACCAUUGCAGGGGCAUCUUCUUAAAUACCCUGUUCAGGUAGAUGCCAAUGGAAAGGUAGGUCCUUUGCCCGGACAAGAGAGUUUUCCAGAUGUUGGUGGUAAGGUGCUUGGAUCCCGCACUACCCUUCCUGAUGCUUUAACUACAUAAGGUUCACCAAUUUUCUUGUGUUCCUAAUCUGACGUGCCUUCUUUUCGGCAUGAAUGAGGGGUCAAAUAUGGUUUAAAACCGGCUUGAGGGACAGACUACAGUACAGGAGCCUUCUCCAAUUGUAGGCUAGAUCUGCUUGCUACCAACAUUUUGCACAACACAAUGUGUUUUGCAUUGUAAUCCUACAUGUAUACUAUUCAAUUCUUUGCUGUGAUCUGGUUCUUCAAUUUUGGAAAUCGAAAUUCUUUAAUCUAAUGAAAUAAUAUAUAUUUAUAUU